CCGCUCGAACGGACGCAGACGGUAGUACGUUUCCGUCGGUCGGUGAUCGUUCGCGGACGAUUCAAAGUCGAACCGAUUUUAGUCGUUCCGAUCGUUCGCUACGCGCUCGUCGACCCCUCGUGUGGCCCUCCCGUCCGCUGCAGUUGACCGAAAAAUUUGCCGCAACUCGUAGCCGUCCGAGUAUUAUACGCACUUUAUGAUCAUGGCAUUAGCUACUGCCCGCCGAAGUUCGCUAAUGAUCACAUUUGAUUUUCUUCCAAACUAACCGCUCCAUAAAAAAAAAAAAAAUCAAAUUGAGAACAUUAAUAUAAUCAAAUUUAAUUCAUUAUAAUGGUUGAAGAAGCAUGUGUAAAAAAUAAAAGCUCUUCAAAAAUGCAAGCUGUAGCCCAUAGAACAUCAAGAGCAAUUUCCAGUGAGGAAUGUACACCCAGACAAAAAUCUGAUGUUGGCAAAGCAGCACGUAAAGCUAAACGUGUACGUUUCCUUGUUAAUGGAGAUCGAUUUUGUAAAGGUGUUGUAGUGGCAAUAACUCAUGAACGAUAUCGUUCAUUCGACAGCUUAUUAGCUGAAUUAUCAAACACACUGUCUGAGAACAAACAUUUACCAAGUGGUGUAAGGACAUUAUUUUCGACUGAUGGACAUAAAAUAUCUCAAUUAGAAGAUCUCGAAGAUGGAAAAUUUUAUAUUUGUUCUGGUGGUAAUAAUGCCAUAAAAAAACUAGAUUAUGCUGCUUUGAACAAUGUUAAACCCUCUCGAUCUUUAACAAAACUACAAUCAUCCACCCAUGCAGUUUUGAGCAGUCCAAGUAAACAACCCCACCUUAACAUUAGGCCUAAGAUUAUAUUUGUUGUAAGAAGUGGUACCAGGCCUAGAAAAAUUAUUAGAAUGUUAUUAAAUAAACGCAAUUCUCCUUCAUUUGAACAUGUGCUUACACUUAUAACAGAAUCUAUAAAAUUAGAUACUGGUGCCGUCCGUAAAGUAUAUGUAUCAUCUGGGUGUCAAAUAAUGCAUCUUGAACAAUUUUUUGGACUAGAUGAUUUGUUUUUUGUGUAUGGGUCUGAACGAGUGUCUCAAGAAGAUAUGAAAUUAGAUUUUGAAGAAAUGAAAAUAGUACAAGCUCACAAACGUGGUUUGAGAAGGCCAGCCAAUGAACUAAAAAAUGGUACUCAUUGUAUGGACAAAAGUGGAAAGCGAGUACCUCGGUUACCAAAAACCACAAAAGCCAACCGUAGCAUAUCUGGUUCUAUACCUAAUAAAGUCCUAAACAGGUAUACAAUUGGUGAUCGUCUUGGUGAUGGUAACUUUGCUGUAGUUUAUCGAUGUUUUGAUAAACGAAAUAAUUCAGAGUAUGCAUUAAAAGUUAUUAAAAAAAUAGAAGCCCCUCAAAUGAGUCAAAUGAUUGAAAAUGAACUCUCAAUACUAAAAACCAUCAACCAUCCAAACAUCAUCAAUUUAAUAUCUGAUUUAGUGACACCUACUGAUGUAUACCUGAUCACAGAAUUAGUGAGUGGGGGUGACCUGUUUGAAGCCAUUGCCAGGUGUACUGACUUUUCUGAGCAUGAUAUUCGAUUAAUGACAAGAAAUUUAGCUUCGGCCUUAGCAUACCUCCAUGGAUUGGACAUUGUACAUAGAGAUGUAAAACCAGAAAAUCUCCUAGUCGAAUUUGAUGACACUGGCCAUGUACUCCACUUAAAACUGGCCGACUUUGGUCUGUCACAAAAAGUAAACGAACCUCUGUACAUGGUGUGUGGUACUCCCACUUAUGUUGCUCCAGAAAUUCUUACCCAGGAAGGAUAUGGUGUAAAAAUCGAUAUUUGGGCAGCUGGUGUCAUACUAUACAUACUUCUAUGUGGUUUUCCACCAUUUGUCAGUGAAAACAAUAGUCAAGAAGAACUAUUUGAUGACAUACUCAGCGGAACAUAUGGCUUUCCUGAACCAUAUUGGGAUAAUGUGUCUGAAGAAGCUAAAGACUUAGUUUGCUCAAUGUUACAAUCUAAUCCCAGUUUGAGAUUUUCGGCAGAAGAUGUUCUCGACCAUCCAUGGUGUGAUGAGUUUGAUUUGUGAUUAAUAAUAACUUCCAAAUUAUUUUUUUUUUCCUGCCAUUAUAUGUAACUGGCUACUAAAAAUUAUUAUUGU